AUCGACGUAAACACGUGCACUUCCAUGGUUACAGGUUUCUCUUUUUUCUUCUCCACCAUCCGUCUCCCUUUAUCGCAUUAUUCCCUGACAACUGCAGCGAUGGCGGAACCCGUGGCAUCGGACGCAAUAGCAACAACAGACGCAGCUCUUUCUCCGGCUGUAAGCCCGGGUUCGGAGCCUCCAUCCAUGGCGCUCUCUCCUUCUGCAGGCGGCUCCCAGCGGCUUCUUUUCUCCCACGAUUUGGUGUCAGGUCGGUAUCGCGACUUGGUCCGGUUCGGCCUAGUCAGAAUGAUACAAGGCGAGGAGGAGUUUGAUUCAGACUCGGACCUCGACGAUGGCGGAGGUAGAGGCGGUGUAGGAGGUGGCUGUAUACCCUGUAACUCGGACACCGAGAGCAGUGUUGUGGACAGCCUGGCACCUCUGGGAAGGGGUUUUGUCCGGGUGCAGUGGUACCCAGAAGGAGGGAAGCAAGACAUACGGGAAACAAAGCUGAAACUUGUAGAUCGAUCCAUCGUUAUCCGAGACAUUGUGCGGCGGAUGAAUUCUAACGACAACCAGUGUGGCAUCGUGACCGACAUCGACAUAGAGUGUGCUGUAAAACUAGUGGGGACCAACUGUGUCCUGUACCCCGUCAACAGUAAAGACCUACAUCACAUCUGGUCUUUCAUGUAUGGGGACUACAUAGCCUACGACUUCUGGCUGGGGAAGGUGUAUGACCUGACCAACCACAUCAUCCUCAAGCUGUCCAAUGGAGCCAGGUGUUCCAUGAAUGUGGAGGACGGCGCCAAGCUGUACGACGUCUGUCCUCACGUCAGUGACUCGGGUCUGUUCUUCGAAGAGGCCUACGGUUUCUACCCAGGCCAGGUGCUGAUCGGGCCAGCCAAAGUCUUCUCCAAUGUCCAGUGGCUCUCCGGGGUCAAGCCCGUACUCCGUAAGAAGAGCAAGUUCAGGGUGGUGGUCGAAGAGGUCCAGGUGGCGGAGCUGAAGGUGACGUGGAUCACCAAGAGUUACUCCCCCAAGGGCACGGACAGCGUCUACCCCCCUCCUUCUACCAUCUCCCAGGAGAACCUCUGCAGAGUGAAGCGUCUGGGCUACUACGACCACACCCAGAGGCAGCUGGGGGAGAGGGCCCUGUACGUGUUCCCAGCCAAGGGAGACACCACACACAUCACCUGUGAGUGGCCCGACGGAGCCCCCGGACUCCCAGAGGACCCCGUAGCCAGGAAGUUGAAAAGAAUGUUCAAGAAGGAGUUGUUAGGGAAGAAGCCCAGUGAAAAUGCAGACACACAAGGUGCCAACCAGCACUCCACGGACAGCCUUGACGGUGACCUCAAGCCUGACAACACCCACCCAGACUCCACCAACCACACCGCGCUCCCCCGUCCUCACCACCCCAACAACGGCCCCAACCACACCCUCCAGCCCUCGCCCCUAUGCCCUCCCCCCUCUGACCCAUGGCCCGAGCCCGCGGAGCAGGAUGCAGACGAUGAGGCGGGGGCGGAGGACACGGACGACACGUUGUCGCUGACGUCGUCGGCGAGUAGCACCGCGUCGUCGCAGAGCGGCGGUCUGGGGGGCCUGAACAGGAAGAAGAGCAUCCCACUGUCCAUCCGCAACCUGAAAAGGAAGCACAAGAAAAAGAGGACCAAGUUCUCCCGCGAGUUUAAGCCCGGUGACAGGGUAGCGGUAGAGGUUGUGUCCACCAAGACCUCGGCCGACGUCCUCUGGAAGGACGGCCGCAUGGAGACACUCAUCCGCUCCAAUGACCUCAUCCCCAUCCAGCACCUGGACAACCACGAGUUCUGCCCCGGAGACUUUGUUGUCGACAAACGACCCCAAGCCCCUACGGACCCAGGCGUGUACGGGGUCAUCCAGUCGGGCGACCACAAGGGCAGGACGUGUGCCGUGAAGUGGAUCAAACUCAACGCCUCCAGCGACAACGUAGAGGUCAUAGGAGAAGAGGAGGAUGUUAGUGUGUACGACAUCGCCGACCACCCAGACUUCCACUUCCGUACCACUGAUAUCGUUAUCAGGAUAGGGAACUCUGAGAACGAGCGGAAUACAGAGUGUGAGAACGAUACGUCAGUAGGCCAGGUCUUCAGAGUGGACGUGAGCAGCAAGGUGGAGGUGGUGUGGGCUGACAACUCCAUGACCAUCGUCCUGCCACAGCACCUGUACAACGUGGAGUCUGAGAUUGAGGAGACUGACUAUGACUCUGUAGAGGAGAGCAGCAGUGGCCUGUCCACGGAGGAGUGGGAGGACGAGAGCGACAGCUGGGAGACUGAUAACGGCCUGACUACCAACGAGGACGACCAGCACCCCGCCAAUGAGGACACCGCCACCCUGGCCCCCACCGGCCCCAGCCCCUUCAUCAUCCCCCCCGGGAAGGGUGGCAAAGCAGGGGCCACCACCCCCACCAAGCCCCCUAACGCCAUAGAGGACCAGGAGGGAGCUGGGGCUAUAGCCAGCCCAGGUGCCGGUGCUGGAGGAACCACCCCUGGAGCAGGAGGGGGUGAUGCUGCAGAGAAGCUCCCCGGGAAAGACUGCACGCCGCGGGGCUUCCGCGAGCUCAAGGAGGCCCUGAAGAUCCUGGAGAGCCUGAAGAACAUGACCGUGGAGCAGCUAUGGACGGGCGGCUCGCCUACCUCGCCCACAUCCGGUGCCACGCCCUCUGCCAACGGGACUAACGCCAACACCGCCACUGCCGUCACGCCAGAGAAACCCACCAAGGAGAAGCGCUUCCUGGAUGACAUCAAGAAGCUUCAGGAGAACCUGAGAAAGACCCUGGACAAUGUGGCCAUCGUGGAGGAGGAGCGGAUGGAGGCGGUGGUGGAGGCCGGAGGAGGCGGCGCAGGAGGAGGUGGGAGUACGGAAGCAGGAGAAAGAGGGGGUGAAGAAAGGCCCCAGGAGGAGGUGGCGAAGACGCCAGGCGCGGCACCAGAGUGGCCCAGCGAUACGCCUGUCCUGUGCCAACAGAGUGGUGGCAAGCCCGGCGUCACCUUCACCAGUGCCAAGGGAGAGGUGUUCUCUGUGCUGGAGUGGUCACCAGACACCCACACCUUUAAGAAGAUGGAGUUCCAGCCGGCCGAGGCCAAGAAGUUUUUCAGCACCGUGAGGAAGGAGAUGGCUCUGCUGGCCACCUCGCUGCCCGACGGCAUCAUGGUGAAAACCUUCGAGGACCGCAUGGACCUGUUCUCAGCUCUGAUCAAGGGGCCCACGCGCACCCCUUACGAGGACGGCCUGUUCCUCUUCGACAUCCAGCUGCCAAACAUUUACCCGUCGGUACCGCCCCUCUUCCGCUACCUGUCACAGUGCAGCGGGCGCCUCAACCCCAACCUCUACGACAACGGCAAGGUCUGCGUCAGCCUGCUGGGCACCUGGAUCGGCAAGGGUACAGAGAGGUGGACCAGCAAGUCUAGCCUGCUGCAAGUGCUCAUCUCCAUCCAAGGCCUGAUCCUGGUCAACGAGCCCUACUACAAUGAGGCAGGUUUUGACAGUGACCGGGGCCUGCAGGAAGGCUAUGAGAACAGUCGCUGCUACAACGAGAUGGCCCUCAUCAAGAUGGUGCAGUCCAUGACCCAGCUGCUGCAGACUCCCAUAGAGGUGUUCCAGCAGGAGAUCCGGCAGCACUUCACCUCCAACGGCUGGCGCCUGGUGCACCGCCUGGAUGCCUGGCUGGAGCUCCACGAGCUAGCCGAGAGGGGCCCUCCGCCAAGACCAUCCCGGGACAGGCCUCCCUCAGUGGGUCCUCUAGACGAGACGCUCCCCUUGGAUCUUCUGGCCCACAGCACCCCCAACAAGCACCAGGGCACCGGGGAUGAAGAGCUGGAGGACUCUGGCCUAAGCUUUUCCACCACCGCCGCCUCCCAGCAGGAGCUCAGCCAGAACUUGGACUGCGACGGCACCGUCUCGGCCAGUGAGGUGGCCAGUGAGGUGGCCGGGGCGAGCGUGGUGGUCUCCGGGUCGGUUAGGGGGGCCGCCUCAGACUCUGCGGGCGGUAGCCAGCCGGCGGUGCGACCAAAGAAGCGCAGGAAGAGCUACCGGAGCUUCCUGCCCGAGCGGAGUGGGUAUCCAGACAUUGGCUUCCCACUCUUUCCUCUCUCCAAGGGCUUUGUGAAGAGUGUGCGCUGCGUGCUGCUGCAGUACCGGGCCGCCCUGGCCGCCACCUCCAUCCCCGACCACGUAGAGGACAAGUAAGUGACUAGUGACUCCCCCAACGCCCACCACCACCUCAAUCCUCAGCCCACCCUCCAAGAGCUGCACUGUGCCCUCAAUGAUCUCCCAAAUAGCCCCUGUACCCUCUGAUCCCCCUUGCCCAGCUGCUGCCCAGUGCCCCUGCCCCUCGGCCAUCUAUCUAGUGCACUCUUGCCCCCCCCUCUCCUCCCUCAGACCACUAGAAGCUAACUUGGUGUAUGCGCUUUCCUUCAGUGUCCAGAGUCCAGACAGAGGCCAGAUGUGAAGGGAGAGGAGUGGGAGUGUCUUAUGGAGAUCUAAGCCACGGACCAUAAGCACCCUCCCCCAUAUUGGACCUUCUGAGCUCUCAUGGACACACAGACAAGGAGCGAGAGCCUCGACUGGAAGGCAGCGCCACACGUCUGCCCCUCGUGGGCCCUGACGGACGAGGGAGGAGGAAGGAGAGGAGGAGAGAUGCAGAGAAGCUGGUUUGUUUAAAAAAAGGUGCUAUUGACUUGCAUCGUCUAUAGCUGCUGUAAGGGGAAGUGGAAUUACCUGAAGAGAGACAUUCUUUGUCGAAUUGGCGCCACAAAUUAAAAUGUUACUCCGCUGUGUCAAUUUGAUCUAAAAAACGAAAUGGAGACAGUAGCCAUGGCGUCCUGGAAUCUGCAGGGUCAAAAAGUGCAACCUGGAUUGAUUUUCUAAGCUGGGUUUUCUCUGAACUACGUUUCCCAGUAUGCCUGGCUCCUUUGACCCUAGCGGGCACCCUUAGUACUGCUCCUGUGCCCCGUUACCACCCUGCACUCUCCAAUCAACAGACAAUCUCGGCAGGGCUGGGCACCUUUUGACAUGCUGACAUAUUGAGUUUCUUUUUAAAGUAGAUGUUACUGGGUGUUUGCUUUUUGCCCUGCUCCUGUUGUUCUUUCUCGCUUUAGAGACACACACACACUAUCUGAAUGUUAUUAAACUGCCCACCUACAACCGCUUCACUCUGCUAUGCCCUUGCUGGUUUCCUCGCCAAUCGCUCGCACCAAAACAUGCCGUUGCAGAAACACUUGAGUGACAAGUUUACAUACUAAUCACCACUUCUGGAUGUUAUCUACACUACUAGGCCCUACGGUACAUUGCUGGCUCUAGAGGAGUGCAGUUACAUGUAACUAUAUGAAGGACAGUCUGUUUCCUCUAGGUAAGGUCAAAUGAGCUCUUUAAUAUCUUUGACUGUAGAGCGUUUCCAUUCUAAGACUUGAUAACUUUCUGACACUGUACAGACUUUUUUUUUUUUUUAAGUUAUCACCCAUUUCGGUCUUAAGACUUUUUUUCUUUUCUUCAAGGGAUCAAGGCUAGGUUGAAAUUAUACAGUGUAAGGCAGUGUUCGAAAAACACAUUCAUUGGACCAGCACAGUUGCUGAUUCUACAGGAUUAGUAUUGAAAACGUGACCAGUGGCUGUAGAUAAUUUGAGAAGAAAAAAACGUUUAAAUGAAUAGAAUGACAGAAACAUGAGUUGAGUAGUUAGCUGAAAUUCACUACGAUUGUGUUUAUUUUCCACUAUGAUGCCCGCAAUUUCUGUACUGCUAACAUUAACUUCCAUUAAUUUUCGCUCUGGCGCUGGUUCAAUUUAAUGUUUAUUUUCUAAUUCUUCUCCAUAGAAUUAUUACGUUGUCUUAACCUUCUCCAUCUUCAAGGUAGUGACCUUUUUUCCUUUCUUGCAGCUUUCAUUGACCUUUGAGCCACUUAAAGGCUGGCUGUUCAGAAUGGUCCUCCAGAGCUAUCCCCCAAUCCCCUCUUCUGCUCACUCAUUAGGCUCACUCAUUAGAGGUGGGGCCACAACAGUGCACAUGACACAAGUAAAAAUGUGAUCUAUUCCAUCACUAAAUGAGUCUUAUCUCAACAUGUUGCCUUACUUGAAUUGUUCUUCUUAUUAAUAUAUUAUCAGACCCUAUGUACAGAGCUGCUUGUUACCCCGGCCUGAUACCCACGACAUUCACCCCCAUUCCAGUGUUCAGAGGUUGGUUGUCUAACAUCAGAUCUGGGGUCAGCUUUCCCUGGACUUGUGCUUAAUUUAACCAUUCGGAGGAAGGAAAAAUGAAUAAUAAAUAUAACAAAAUAACUGAUCCCAGAUCUGUUUUGACAAUGGCAACAGCCCACAAGUUGAAUGAUAAAGUUACACUGUUUCAGCCACUGUAUUCCAGUGUUACUCUCAACUGCUGUUUUUUCGGUGAUGGAGAUUGAUAGAAGUUUGUAGACAGAUUGAGUGUGGAUGCAGAAGCUUAUACUUGAUUUGGUUUUGUUUUUGCCCUUUUGCCAUGAGCACGAUGGAGUGUCACUGUCCCCAAGAUCGGAGUGCUGUCCUGUUCUCUUUCAUUUUCCCAGUUUAAAGGGUGAAUGAUACACUUUUGACAAUAUGGCCUCUGGCAUAGUCAUGCUUGUAUUUUGUGAUAUUACUUUUAUAUUUCUUUAAAUUAUUGCUGGUUUGUUUAUACUUGCUUGAAUUGGGUAAAAAUGUUCAGUGUUCUAAACUCAGCAAAAAAAGAAACCUCACUGUCAACUGCAUUUUUAUUUUCAGCAAACUUAACAUGUGUAAAUAUUUGUAUGAACAUAAGAUUCAACAACAGACAUAAACUGAACAAG